GUACCAUGUUUCAGUGUUUUGACUUUUUUGUGGUACUAAGGUGAUGUUUUUGACACUGAUUCAAGUAAAUUAGUAUCAGACCUGACAAACCAAAAACAUAAAUGGGAGAUAUAGUUUUGUGAAGUGCUAUCAUAAUAAUUAGAAAAACAAAUUUAUUGUUUUAUAAACAGUUAUUGUCAAGUGUAUGUGAGUUCCGAAUUAAAGUCUCCCAAAUUGCUCUGACGUUUUUGACAGGAUGGAUGAAUUUAGAAGUUGUGACGAUCUUCAACAUGACAGCAAGUAUAAACACAAGAGAACAAUAAUUCAUAUUGAUUUAGACUGUUUUUAUGCUCAGGUGGAAAUGUUGAAAAAUCCAGAGCUUACCGACAAACCAGUUGGGAUAAAACAGCAACAUUAUGUAAUCACAAGUAAUUAUGUAGCCAGAGAGUAUGGAAUUAAAAAAUGUAUGUUGAUUACAGAGGCACUUGCUCUAUGUCCUAAGCUCAUCAUUAUUAAUGGAGAGGAUUUACAUGACUAUAGAUUGAUGUCAUCAAAAGUGACUGAUAUUGUACGACAGUUCAGUACCAAAGUCGAAAAGUUGGGUUUGGAUGAGAACUUUGUGGACAUUUCAGAUUUGGUUUCAUCAAAAUUGGCGUCUAAAGACAAUCAUAGUUAUAGUGUGGUAGGACACAUAUACAAAAAUGAAAUAGAAAAUAUCUGUGCAUGUGGUUGUAGAGAGAGGCUUGUUAUUGGAUCAAAUAUUGCUAGUGAAAUAAGAGCGAGAAUAAGAGAAGAAUUGGGUAUGACAUGUUGUGCUGGUGUAGGGCAUAACAAAUUGUUGGCAAAAUUGGUUGGAUCUACCCACAAGCCCGACCAACAAACUAUUGUGUUUCCAUGCUCAGCUACACUACUCGUUUCAAAUUUGAGCCAUGCACGAAAGAUACCAGGAAUUGGAAGGAAAACAAGUGAUGUGUUAGAUGCAUUGGGUAUCGUAUCAAUACAUGACGUCCAGAACUGUUCUCUCAAAGUAUUAGAGAAACACUUUGAUAAAAGUGUGGCACGCUGGAUAAAAGGAGCGUGUUUCGGUGUCGAUGACACAGAUGUCAAGGAGAGUGGUAAACAACAAGUUAUUGGCUUGGAAGAAGCUUCAAAAAUGAUUGGUUCAAUGGAGGAGGUCCGUAAUAGAUUAAAAUCUUUAAUAGAUCGGGGCAUGGUUUUAUUAGAAGAAGAUGGACGCUUUCCCACUACAAUACGUGUUGCUGUGCGUAAAUAUUCUUCCCAUGAAGAAUAUUGUAGACAGAGAGAAAGUAAACAAUGUCCAAUAAAUCCAUCUAUAUUUAGAUCAAAUAUCGCUAAGGAUCAUAUACUUGAAGCUGCUCUUGGAUUGUUUAAAAAGCUUGUUGAUCAUACGAAACCUUUUCAUUUAACACUUAUAGGAUUGGCAUUCACAAAGUUUCAAGAAGAGUUACCAGUAAAAAGUUCAAUGCUCCAAUUUUUAAGAAAAAAGUCUCUUGACGAAUCAAGCAGUAAGGAUUUAACCAUAACUGAUACCAGUGUUGGAAGUACUAUUGAAAAUAUUGUUACUGGCGAUAAUGAUCAAAAUAGUGAUUUUAACAGGUCUAAUGAUUCCAAACAAGAGCAUAUAUCAUUUGGAGAAAUAGAUGAAUCUGUUUUAAAUGAAUUACCAGAAGACAUAAGAUCUGAAAUCAUGCAAACAUUCCAACAUGAAAAUAAACCUGGCACAUCAUCUUCAAACGACACAUCCGUAAAAUGCCCACCAGGUAUUAAAUUGGAGGUUUUUAAUGAGCUACCACAUGAAAUCCAAUUGGAAUUAGUUAGAGAUUCCUACAAAAAUACCUCCAAUACAGUAAAAACAAAUGGCUUAACUUCAAAAAGACAGAAUUCAAUUUUAAAUUAUUUAAAGAAAAAGUAAUCUUAAAUAGCAAAAAAUACAGUAUUAACUGCACUGUUGAAAUAAUGUUUAAGCAUAACGUUUGGCUUUUUUUACACUAAUGUCACUGAGUUUCAAAGACGCUCUCAAGGACUAUACAAAUGGUAUGAAACCAAAAAAAACGUGAUAACAAUGUGUUUUAAUGAAAAUGGGUCUCAAGAAUUUUCAUUAUCUUUGCUGAGAAAGAAGCAUUUGAAGAUGGAAAUAUCAAUCCCACAAAAGGUUUUAAAGUAUGAAGCUUUUAUAAAUGAUGUGUUGAAGGAGCAACUGAAGAAAACUGCUGAAGACCUUGACCGGACUUAUGGUGAAAUUGCAGAGUUUAUUCAGUUGGAAAAUUUAAUCCAGACUAUUGAAGAGAAUGGUCUCGGUAAAGAUGGCCUUAAAACACAAGUGGAUAUUGGAUGUAAUUUUUAUAUGCAAGCAUGUGUACCUGAUACUUCUAAGAUUUUGAUUGAUAUUGGACUGGGUUAUUUUGUAGAGUAUACGCUUAAUGAAGCGCUUAUUGUUAUUAAAAGGCGGAUAAACCUGUUAAACAGAAAAGUAGACAUUUUAAGGGAUCAAAGUGCUAACACAAAAGCCCAUAUAAAAUUAGUAUUACACGGUAUUCAAGAGUUACAGAAUAUAAAAUGAAAUUUAUUCUUUAAUGGA